AGGCUUAUUGGGACAGAAACUGGGAAAAGCCAUCCAAACUGCAAUGCUUAAAAACUUCUUUUGCUUCUUUUUGUUGCGCUUUAUUUUUUGUGGCAAUAUUCAAAGCUAAAAGUUGGUACCCUAAGUGACUACGCAUAUUAUACAAAUCUGGAAUAAAAAAUGUAGUUUAGAAUGUCUGCGUAUUUGUCUGGGUGCAUGCACAUUGUUUAACUAAUUCUACCAAACUAUUGGAAGCUCAGGGAUAUGUUAAAGAAGCGUGAUAAGCAUGCCCCAAAACUAUAGUAGAUGCCCCUAGUUUUAUUUUUCUCUAAUUCCCUGUCUCAUUUUAGAGAGCCUUCAGUCUAGCAUAUGGAAUUUCUUUUUAGACUUUAUUUAUUUAUGGAUUUGAUAUAGUAAAAGACUUUCGGAGGGAGGGAUUGUAUUCUAUCUCUAAAGACUAUAAGCAUAAAAUCACAUCCCACCAGCGCUGAAUCUGUUGAUUUGACAUGAGCCAUAUAUGAAUUAUGGAUUGAUAGAAACAUUGAUGAAUUGGAGGAAGAAAUUAAUCUAAUUAGCAGCUUAUAGUAAAGGGCAACCAAAAAAAAAAAAAAAAAAAAAUUGGUAGAAUCUCUUAUGCCGAAAGAAGAUUUAGAAGAAAUUAUGGCCCAGGCUGGCUGCUCUGCUCUAUUCCCCAGUCAAAUUUAAACAACCUGAUUCUACCACGAUGGAUGAACAAGUGAUGUUAUCAACUUGCAAAAAUGGAAAGUGCAUGUCAAUUUCAACCAAAAAGCAAAACCAUUCUCCCAUUUUUUAUCUUUCCCCAUCUCUAGGAAAAAUCUGAUUUCCCUUCGUAAUAAUCAAACCCCAACUGAAAGAUACAGCCAACUUCCAUUCUCAUUUCUCUUCUUCAUAUUCCUGACAUCUCAGGGGUUAGUGAAAUCCUUCGCUCCAAAUAUAUAUACACCCUGUUCCCAGUAUAAGUUACCAAUCCUAGUUAUUCCAAACUUGUCCCACCCUCUGUUAUCUUCUACUCUCUGUCUUGCUUCCAUGUCUGCUUCUUUUGUUGGCUCAUCGUUUAUUCCCGUACCUGUUAAAACCAGGUAUACUCAUAAGGCACACAGAACAAAGGCCACCUGUUUGGACAGUAGUUCAAGAACACAAAUCAAAGCUGGCCAUUUCCCAGAUCGUCUUUGUAUCGACGAUUCUGUCUUCAAGUACUUGAAAUAUUACAGACCUAGUUCGACAAAUCUCCUUUUCAUCACAACCCCUAUCCCAAACCAACAGGAUCUAUUUGAGAAUCACACAAGUGUUAAAGAUGGUGCAAAGAAAGAUGAAGUAUGGAUGAAAAUGAGAGAAGAGGCUCGUUUUGAUGUUGAACAAGAACCGAUAUUGUCCCACUAUUAUUCCACUUCAAUUCUGUCUCAUAAUUCGUUGGAAAGCGCCCUUGCGAGUCAACUUUCUAUCAAACUGAGCAAUUCUGGCAUUCCCAUCAACACCCUCUAUGAAAUCUUCAUCGAUAUUUUUAAAGAAGAUGAAUAUACUGUGAGAGCCGUCAGAGAAGAUUUGAAGGCAGUAAAAGUGAGAGAUCCAACAUGCACAAGCUACGUGCAGUGUUUCUUGAAUUUCAAAGGCUUUCUUGCAUGCCAAGCACACAGGGUUGCCCACAAGCUAUGGCUACAAGGUAGAAAGCCCUUGGCUUUGUUAAUCCAGAACAGGGUUUCUGAAGUUUUUGCGGUGGACAUCCAUCCCGGGGCUAAGAUCGGAAGUGGGAUAUUGAUCGACCAUGCAACCGGAGUGGUGGUCGGAGAGACUGCUGUGAUCGGAAAUAAUGUGUCAAUUCUGCAUAAUGUGACUUUGGGAGGGACUGGUAAGGUCUAUGGGGAUAGGCACCCAAAGAUUGGUGAUGGCGCGCUGAUAGGGACUGGGACUUGUAUUCUAGGGAACAUCAAAAUUGGUGAUGGAGCUAAGGUUGGGGCUGGUUCAGUGGUCCUGAAGGAAGUUCCAUCCAGGUCUACUGCAGUUGGGAACCCAGCUAGAUUGAUUGGAGGGAAGAAUCCAGUUAGGCUUGACAAGACUCCUAGCUUAACCAUGGACCAGACUUCUCACAUAACUGAAUGGUCUGACUAUGUUAUCUAGAACAAAAAUUUUCUCCAUUUAGUACUACUUUGAAUCCUGUCAUGGCUUGUUAGAGAAUCAAAGUGUAACUCUGUUUUAAAAGAGAAGCACAAGUUUUUCAUUUGAUUGACUUUAUAUAUACAAUAUGAUUAUAAAAUCUUAUUAUAGAUUGAGGAUGUAGUUCUUAUUGGAGGAAAGGUUGAAAUUCUAACACCAAAAUUUCUUCACUUCUACAUUUCUGGGUUUUGUUGCUAGCUGAACUUAGAUGCUGCAACAAAGUUGACUUUCCCCCCACUUAUUCGGAUUUUGGGACUAGAGUACUGUAUAGUUUCAAGUUAUCAUGCAUUUGAAUAUAAUAAAGUAAAGCUUCAGAACC